CUGCGUUACGCGUGGUGCAACUGUUUCGCCCUUCAUCAUCGACACAGUCAUGGCGACGACGAAGACAUCCAGGACGCCUCGCUUUAGAACACAGAGCGACUGCUACACGAGUGGAGAGCGGGAGCGAGCAUGGAGGAGGUCUCUGGCAGACGAUCUUGGACUGGAUGAAGCAUUCCGUGCCAGUUUGAACGGCAUGACGUCGUCGGAUGGCCGGCUGUCGUUAGGCGCGUCACCUCAAUCCAGCGAUCGUGUGGACUUCGGAAAACUGUCCGACACAGCGGCGGAGAUCCUGAGCGAUGCCAGGCUAGUUCGAGGCGGGAAGGAAGCCAAGCUGUACCAGCAAACUGUGUGUGUGUCAGACGAAGGCCGCGUGUCUAUCACCUCUGCCGACGGUAGCGCCGACGUGCAGACGAUGCUCAUUGACGCACAAGAUGCCCUCGCCAUGGGCGAAUCCAACGAAGACGAUAAAGAUGACAAUCGAGGGUUGCAUGCACUGGCGCCGGAGCUUGUCGAGUGGGAAGGCGUGCUCAGCAAGCGGUCCGAGUGGCUGCGGCGAUGGGAAAAGCACUACUACGUCAUGGUCGGCACGACCCUCAAACGCUUUGCAUCAAAGGAAGCGUUCAUGGCGACGUUACAGCAAUCGCCAGUGGAAGGCCGCCCGCCGCCGCCGUCGUAUGUGAUACAGGGCGUCAAGGAGGCACCCGGUCGAACGAACGGGUUUGUCUUUAGCUGCCACGACGGCAAAACGCUGCAGCUCACCGCGCCCACGGCCAUCGAGCGCGUCAUAUGGAUGCGGCUCGCGCAGGAAGCGAUGGCGUCCCUGCCCGAUCUGCCAGUGUUUCCGCUGGAAAUCGAAGAGUUUUAUGCCAUGUUGAUUGUCCUGUACACGGCGCACAGUGGCAACUGGCGCACGUCGGGGGACAUGGCGGUGACGCUGCCGCCUCCGUCCGAGCAAGUAUUUUCUCGUUUCUUUCGGCUGCUCGAUCGAGAUAUGUUGGUGUCGUCGAAUUACCCGCCGUCCGUGCCAUUUUGCGGGUCUUUUCGUGGCGCGAGUGGAUUUGUGACGUUUCUGCACACGUUUGCAUUGCAUACCAACUGGAGUAACUUUAAGAUCGAAGGCAUCGCGAUGGAGGACAUGGUGGCCGUGGCGUCUGGCAAGGAGGAGCUCGAAAACGUUCGCGAUCGGCGCAAGUUUGUCCAGAACUGGGUGCACAAGUUCAACUUUGCCAAAGACGGCCGCCUCAUCAAGUUUGAAAUCAACGGCGACGUCGUGGCCGCGUCCGCCGUGUACAAAGUACCCGGCGCCGCCACCACCCUCACCCUUCCCCAAGACUUUCACGAGGUGCAAACGCCCCUCUCGGGCACCCUCACGGUCCGCGUAUUGCAGGGUUCGGGGCUCAAACUGCUCUCGUCGUCCACUUCGACUGUCAGUAGCCAUAGCAUUUCUACCAAAAAGAGCUCCAGUACCUUGCACGACCCCCGCGUGGUGCUCAGUCUAGCGCUGGGUGACCACACGUCGCAUCUUGGCGUGGCCGCGGCGCCCGUGUCUUGUGCCACCACGGCGCCAUCAUUAUCCGUGUCAUCCCUGUCGUCCACCGCGUCGUCCUACUUGCUACCGUCCACAUUAACGCGCAAGUUGAGUACGAGUUUACUCCUACGGUCAGUUUCUGCCCCAAUGUCCAGGCCACAACAACCAGACGCAGCCCACACACCUUUGCAGAUGCCGCCAUCGAUCGCCAAGCCAUAUCCGUGCAUGACGGAUGCCGCGCGCAACAAAGCGCAGAGUAGCGGCGGCGGCGGGGACCUGUCGGCGCCCGUGUGGAACGCCGUGCUCACGUUGCCGUUUGAGACAGUGCAAGGCAGCAUUCGGCUGCUCGUGGAUGUCGUCGACAUGAGCCCGUCGAAACCGCCUGUAAAAGUAGGCUCUGCGUUUGUCAACGUGGCCAAGUUUAUCAUGGAGCAAGCCGCCGCAACGACGCCUCGUCAAACAUCAUCUGCGACAGAGCAAACGUCGAAUCCUACCAAUCCAUCCAAUACAAAUACGCAAUGGGUGACUGUGAGCACGACCCGCGGCGAGUUUUGCGGCCGCGUCCAGCUGUGCAUUUCGUGCACGUUAACUCCCCAUCCGGACAAACAAGUGGCCACGACGCCUUUGGCUGUGGCCCAGCUCAUGCAGUGGAAGAGUAGCAGCAGUAGCAGCGCCAAGAAAGAUGACAUGCCGAGCUUGAAUCGCCCUGGGUGGUCACAGAUGAACCUCAACACGGACGACGCCACAGCAGCUGAUUCGUCUAGCAGCUUGGACGCGCUGGUCAAGUCGCCCGCCGGCAAUAAUGCCAAUACCACAGACCCGCUCCAGCCGAAACUAUGCGAUGACGACGCAACCAUGCACGUUUAUACAGUAUGCGGCGCGCCAUUUGUGAUCCCCCAGCACUACCACCUGAUCAAAGUGUGUGGGCGGGGCGCGUAUGGGAUUGUCAUCGCCGCGACCAACCAAGACACGGGCGGCAGCGUUGCCAUCAAGAAGGUCAUCGACUGCAUCUGGCACCCCCAUCAACUCAAGCAGAUCCUCCGCGAAGUGCGCCUUAUGCGGCACCUCUGCCAUGCCAACAUCCUCUCGCUCAUGGAUUUGAUCCCACCGCCGUCGUACCAGGACUUCCGCGACGUGUAUAUGACUGUGGACUUGUUAGAAAUGGAUUUGCAUCGGAUCAUUUACUCUAAGGAAGUGCUGAGCGACGACCACAUUCGGUACUUUGUGUUUCAAAUGCUCAGCGGACUCCAUCACAUGCACGCGUGCGGCGUGCUUCAUCGCGAUCUCAAGCCCAGCAACCUCCUUAUCAACUCGGACUGCCAGCUCAAGAUCUGCGACAUGGGGCUGGCUCGCCCCAAGGACAUCGACGACCUCGGCAUGACCGAAUAUGUUGUCACAAGGUGGUACCGCGCCCCAGAGCUGCUGCUCGGCAGCGCCUACGACGAAGGCGUCGACGUGUGGGCUGCGGGUUGCAUCAUGGCCGAGAUGCUGGGCCGCAAGCCGCUGUUCCCUGGGCGGAGUUAUGUCCAUCAACUCCAGCUCAUCAUGAACGUCCUGGGCGUGCCGGAAGAAGUCUCAUUCAAGGAAAACCCCCAAGCGCAAAAGUUCAAGGGCCGCCAGCUGCUUAGUCGGACGCCAACCCGCCAAGGCAUCGACACCACCAUGCUCUUUCCCAACGCCAACCCCGAGGGACUGGAUUUGCUGUGGAAACUUCUCGUGUUUGACUCGUCCAAGCGCAUGAGCGUUCAAGAAGCCCUGCGGCAUCCGUACUUGGCGUCGUACUACGUCGAAUCCACCGACGACAGCCAAGUGGAACGAUUUCACAGCUUUGACUUUGAAGAUUUGGGCGAAAACGACCUCAAGGAGCUCAUGUUUCGGGAAAUUUGCCAUUUUCACCCCGAAGAAAUGGAAAAGCGCGCCAAACAAAUGGCCGACAUGCCCAAGGAAGAGAAGCUGCCGCCGGGAUGGGUCAAGCGAGAAAGCCGAAGCAUUCGGGGCAAAUUUUACUACUCCCACGCCAAGCGAGGGGUCAGUACGUGGGUCAAGCCCACGCAGUAACGGACGCUUCGUAGUGUGGAGACAUUUGAACCGAGUAGAAUAAUAUGCCACGACACAUAAUAUAAUAAACCACCCAUGCGAUGU